AUGAACAUCCCGAACGGAGGGUUAGCCCCCGCUGCUACGAUUCCCAAUAAGGUAUUCACACCCAGAUGUUCACAUCAAAGGGAGUCAAGUAACGUAUCCAAGCCACAAGUAGAUGAAGUGGCCGUCGUGGGCUUAUCAUGUCGGACAGCCGGUGGCAACGAUACCCCUGAGAAGCUCUGGGAAUUCCUCUUGCGCAAAGGAAAUGCUUCGGGCGAGAUUCCAGCGAAACGGUGGAAACCUUGGCGGGAUCGAGAUCCUCGUAACGCAAAGAUCCUAGAUAACAUCGUCCGCAAAGGGUACUUUCUAGAUGAUCUAGAGGGAUUCGACGCAGCUUUCUUCGGCAUCUCGCCCAAAGAGGCUGAGCUCAUGGAUCCACAUCAGCGCCUCGGUCUGGAGCUUGCAUGGGAGGCUCUGGAAAAUGCUGGCAUCAAUCCGAAAAGUCUUAGUGGAAGCGACACGGCCGUUUACAUGGGUAUUGACUCAGACGACUACUCUCGCAUGCUGAUGGAGGAUUUGCCAUCUAUCGAGGCAUGGACUGGCAUUGGCACUGCACACCACGGCGUCCCUAACCGGAUCUCUUAUCAUCUUGGCCUACAGGGCCCAAGCACGGCAGUCGAUGCAGCAUGUGCAAGCUCACUUAUUGCCAUACAUCUUGCUAGCCAGGCCGUUGAAUAUGGCGAGAGCAAUAUCGCUAUAUGCGGUGGUGUGAAUGUCAUCUGCGCACCUGGUCUCACACACAUGCUCCAGAAAGCAGGCGCACUAAGCCAGGAUGGUGUUUGUCGCUCUUUCGACGACGCUGCAUGUGGCUAUGCUCGUGGCGAAGGCGGUGCCGUUGUAGUGCUGAAGCGUCUGAGCGCCGCAAUAGAAGACGACGAUCACAUCCUGGCCGUCAUGAAGAGCUCCGCAUCUGCACAGGAUGGCAAGACUAACGGAAUCAUGGCACCCAGUGCAGCCGCACAAGAGCUCGUUGCAAGGCAAGCCCUUCUGCGGGCAGGCGGCAUCGACCCUCACACAGUUGACUUUGUGGAAGCACACGCUACAUCAACAUCGCUUGGGGAUCUGACAGAAAUCGAUGCCAUCUCUCGAGUUUACGGCGCAGGGCGAUCCUCUGACUCUCCUUGCUACGUUGGCUCCAUCAAACCUAACAUCGGACAUCUUGAGGCAGCAGCUGGUGCAAUUGGCUUUGUGAAGGCUGUUCUCAGCGUACAGAAGGGCGUUAUUGCUCCACAAGCACUGCUGGAAAAGCCCAACACGAGGAUCGACUGGGAGAGUAGCGGAAUCGACGUCAGUAAAGAGGCAAGAAAAUGGCCUGAACGCGACAUUCGGAGGGCAGCUGUAUGCUGUUAUGGAUACGGCGGCUCGGUUUGUCAUGCUAUCCUUGAGCAAGCGCCUACCCGAUCGGGCUGUAGCCUUCCGACGGGUCAGCAGUCGGCUAUCACGCUCAUCAUUUCUGCUGUGCAGGAGAAGCGCCUGCCCGCCAUUGCUGCUUCUUUAGCCCACUGGCUGUCGGCCAAUAGGGCCUCUACAGAUCUCAACGCUGUGGCGCGAACGCUUGCUCAGCGCCGUGCUGCACACAGGCACCGCACGUCGUUCGUAGUUUUCAACUUUGACGACGCUAUUCGCAGCUUGACUGCCUUUUCAAAAGGCAAGAUGAACGAAUGGGCUGCAACGAGUCGGGUCCUCGAUAAUGCUAUCGCGAGAGGCGUAGUCUGGGUCUUCUCGGGCCAUGGAGCACAGUGGUCGGACAUGGGGAUAGAACUCUUGCACAACCCUGUGUUCUAUGACAAACUCUGUUCUUUGGACUCUAUCGUUCGUAAAGAAGCAGGGUUCUCCAUCAUUGAGGUUCUGCAAGAGAGCGACUUACACGACUCGUGGAGAAUACAAAUCCUUACAUAUGCCAUGCAAAUUGGUCUUGUGGCACUGCUGAGGUCGAAGGGGGUCGCACCACAAGCUAUUAUUGGCCACUCUGUUGGCGAGAUCGCAGCUGCUGUUGCUGGUGGCUGUCUAUCGGAGAGAGAAGGUGCAAUCAUCGUUUCCAGGCGAGCGAAGCUUUGCGCUCAAGUACAAGGCCAAGGUGCGAUGGUUCUCGUUGCUCUUCCCUUUGAGAUAGCUGCACAGCAGCUUGCUGAGAGAAGCGAUAUUGUUGCUGCAAUCCGGUCUUCGCCAUCAACAUGCGUCGUGAGUGGUACGAUCGGAGCUGUUGAGUGGUACCUCGAACAACUCAAGAAAGAAAAAGUAAAGGUUUGGAAGAUCGGAACAGAUAUUAGCUUCCAUUCUCCUAUACUUGGGCAGUUUGUUCCCGCGCUGCGAGAACAGUUAAGUCAGGAAACCGACCCACAGCUAGCAAAGAUGCAGAUCUACUCAAGCUCCGCUCUACACCCACGCACUACAUCACUUCGUGAUGUCGAUUAUUGGAUUAGAAAUAUGGUCGGUCCCGUUUGGUUUGUUGAUGCAGUAGAAGCUGCAGUGGAAGACGGUUUUCGUGUCUUCAUGGAAGUCUCCACUCACCCUAUAGUCUCGCACUCCAUCUCCGAGACGCUCUCUGUUCGAUCGGUCGGAGAUUCUGCGGCUUUCGGCACAAUGAAGAAGGGCAAAUCAGCCGAGCUCUGCAUAUCUAGAGCCAUCUCCCAACUGUACACUCUUGGUGUAGAGAUCGACUUUAAAGCAUUCAUGGGAGCGAGCCCUUGGUCAAAUGCAGUACCGACUACGCUCUGGGUGCACAAGCCUUACUGGAAGACUAUAGACAUGGGAUCUGGCAAUGCCGUCCAGCACGACGUAGAGACGCACACGGUACUUGGUGGUCUUAUGGACAUCGCAGGCAGCAUAGUAAAGGUGUGGACUACGGUACUGGACGACACGACCAAGCCAUACCCUCUCAGUCACCCACUUGAUGGGACUGAGAUCAUCCCUGCUGCCGUGUACUGCAAUACCUUCCAACGAGCCACAGGUGCAACCAGGCUCGAUGACGUAGAGCUCCGCGUGCCAAUCCCAAUAACAGACGACACACGUGAGCUGCAGGUGAUUGUCGAAGAGAAUGAAGUGCGUACGGCUUCUCGACUCAGGAAAAAGAACAAUAAUGGUGGUAACAAACAGCACGCGUGGAUCGAGCACAGUCGGGCCGCCUUUACCACAGCUGACGUGGAAGUUCAUCAGCAGACCCUGUCAAUUGCCGAGUUACGGGCGAAGAUCGGCAAACAGUUGCCCAAAAGCUUCGCAUGGGACUACCUUCAGAAAAUUGGAGUAUCUGGUAUCGCAUUUCCAUGGGCUAUACUUGAGCACUUUGGGGACGAGAAGCAAAUGCUUGUCGAGAUGGACAUGAAUCCGGAAGUUCAGACAUUGACCUGGGAUCCAGGAAGCUGGGCACCUUUCCUUGAUGCCGCUACAUCCGUGGGCUCAUCUAUAUUCUUCAAGAGUUUACACAUGCGCAUCGUCAGCAGGAUCGACCAGGUUCUUUUCCUAUCCAAGGCUGCACCACCUAAGGCCGGCUACUUACUCAUCGAAAACACUUCCGUAGGCGACCACUCGAAAGCUGAUAUCAGUGUUGUCAGCACGGCGGGAGAAAUUCUGAUCAAAAUCAAAGGUAUGCGGUUUUCUAAUGUCGAGGCAGUAAGAGAAAAAGAGAAUGGCAGAGACUCUCUUGUGCACCGUUUGGCGUGGGUGCCACCGAAGUUCUCUGAAAAGUCGCUGUUGAUGGACAAAGUCGUUAUUGUGUCGACAGUUCGUCAAGUUACAGACAACUAUGUCAGCACCUUGGAGGUCUGUACUAAAAGCGUAGCCACAAUCCCUUCUGCUGCGUGUAUGAAGAGCCCUGCUAUCUGGAGCACCCUGCAAGGAAGGAAUACAGUGGUCGUCUAUGUGCCUGGCACCGUUGAGCACAUCGACGACGUAGCAAGCAAGGCGCACGCUUUCACGUGCGAAGUUGCCGCCAUCCUGGCCAUCCUCACAGAUAGCCGAAGCGUAUCGAAGCUGUUUGUCGUCCUUGAUGGCGCAUACAAGGGCCAAUCACCUACCUGUCUUGCGCAGUACCCGCUGUAUGGCUUUGCUCGAAUCGCCGCGUCGGAGUACCCGGAUCUGUGGGGUGGGCUGAUUGAUAAUGAAGGGUCAGCAUUUCCUCUUCUGGCGGUGAAAUAUGUCAAAGAGCAAAGUGUAUUACGCAUGCAGGAUGGUCUGCCACGGGUACCACGUCUGCGACCAUUUGCUCACAGAGAACAGCAGAAUGACCGAAAACAAAGCUUACUUCCUCAACCACACGGAACCUACCUAGUUACUGGUGGCUUUGGCGAUCUUGGUUUGGAGAUUCUUGAUUUUCUCGUACAACAUGGCGCUCGCAGGGUCGUGGUGGUUUCCCGACGUACCUUACUCCCGCGCAGAGAGUGGCCAGCUGCUACUGGACCCAUGGCAUCAGUUGUCAAUAGACUGGUGAAACUCGAGGGUCUAGGCGCUUCCAUCUAUGCCCUGCAGCUUGACAUUGGCUCUACGUCUGCGUCGGAUCAUCUCGUCGCGGCGCUCAACGCUUUGUCCCUCCCGCCUGUGCUAGGGAUAGUCCAUGCCGCUGGUGUCUCUGGGUAUGGUUACAUCAAGACCGCCACAUCCGCCUCGUAUGCGUCCGUGAUGAGUCCAAAAAUCCAGGGCGCGCUGAAUCUACAUAGAGCGUUCCCUCCAAGGUCGCUUGACUUCUUUGUCCUGUUCUCCUCGAUUGGACAAAUCAUCGGCACACCUGGGCAGUCAGCAUACGCAACGUCCAAUGCAUUUCUCGAUGGUUUGGCAACGCAUCGCCGCUCUCUAGGCUGCAAUACUAUCGCGAUCCAAUGGACCGCCUGGAGGGCGCUAGGAUUAGCGAAAGACACCGCGCUCGUGGACCUCGAACUGCAUAGCAAGGGUGUCACAGAUAUCACCGUCGAGGAAGCUUACCAAGCAUGGACCUACCUUUCUGGUGUCGAUACAGAUCAUGCAGUCGUCACAAAGAUCCGAUGCCUUGAACACGACGAGUCAUUGCCGUGUGAGCUUAUCCAAGACGUGGUGCAGCGCCGCGCCGCGCCAGCUGGAUCAAAAUAUCUUCCCCUUCCAACGGCUGCAGCGGUAGCGAGACCCAAGCUCGGUCCUGAGCUCAAAGCACACCUCAAUGUAGAGAUCAAGGCGUGUCUGUCCCAUGUUCUAGGUUUGGAUGUCGAGGAAAUUGAGGACCAUGCGGCAGUUACGGAAUUAGGCGUGGAUUCAAUUAUCACUGUUGCACUAAGACAGAAACUCGAGAAGGUGACGGGCGUGAAAGUUUCGCCAACCUUGAUCUGGAGUCACCCAACCAUUGCGCAAAUGGUGGACUGGUUCUAUUGUAGAAUAAGUUAGCGCGGGAUGGGCGAGCGGAGCCUAGUCGCAAGGCCGUGAUCGAGCGGACGGAUGCUCAAUGGCAGUACACAAUCAUGCAAACUGCACGACCGUCUCACUUUCAUUUGGAAUGUU